AUGCGCAGUGCAAUUGUCUGUCGUACACGAAUUAUCCCUCGAUCAACAUCCUUUCGUCCAAGUCCGUGGACAAAACCAGCACGGUCAAUUCUGGGCAUAAGACGAGGAUUGAUAACGCAGAGCUAUGCGCGAGGAUCAUCAGAGCCUCCGUUGAUUGAAUCGACCGUGGGAGAUCAUUUCGCCAAGGUAGUCAGUGAAUAUGGGGACCGGACUGCAGUGAUUGCAAGACACCAGCAAGGCAGACUCACGUAUUCAGAGCUAGACGCUAAAAGCAAUGCCCUCGCCCGGGGCUUGGAAUCGGUGGGCGUGGGAACCGGGGACCGGGUUGGGGUGAUGCUGGGGAAUUCUAUGGAAUAUGCCAUUGCAACCUAUGCUCUGUUCAAACUGGGAGCUAUCCUAGUCCCUAUAAACCUCUCCUUUAACACAAUGCAAGUGGUCGCAGCAUUAAACCAUCUAAACGCAAGUCACCUAAUCAUAAGCGCCGAAUCCAACCUCCCUCGAAAAGAACCACGCAACAACACCCCCCUCCUCCAACACAUGAUCCAAGACCUCACCAGCCCAAAGCUCGAAUCAGCAAUAAUUCCCUCCCUCCGGAACAUAAUCUUCGUCGAUAACUCCUCCGGUCGCGUUGACACCUCGGACUUCAAGUGCCUCACGCCAUAUAACUCCAUCGCAUCCGACCUACAAGCAGACGGGAACCCCCUUCCAUCCCGAAAUCUCUCACCAAACGACAUCGUCAAUAUCCAAUUCACAUCGGGCACAACCGCAAUGCCCAAAGCAGCUUGUCUCACACACCGGUCCAUUCUUAAUAACGGUGCGCAAAUCGGGGACAGAAUGCGUCUCACACCAACCGACAUCGUCUGCUGUCCGCCGCCGCUUUUCCACUGUUUCGGCUGUGUUCUGGGAUACAUGGCGACAGCAACACAUGGCUCAACAAUUGUCUUCCCAGCGGAAUCCUUCAACGCGCGCGCAGCUCUCCAUGCCGUCCAGGAAGAACAAUGCACGGCUCUCUACGGCGUGCCCACGAUGUUCCUCGAACAACUAGGUCUAAUCCAGGACGGCGAAGUCUCCAACGAAGGCUUCCAGCACCUACGCACCGGUAUCGCAGCAGGAAGCAGUAUCCCAGCAGAACUAAUGAAGAAAUUACACCGCGUAUUAAACCUAACCGAAUUAACAAUCUGCUACGGAAUGACCGAGACAAGUCCCGUAUCUGCUAUGACGACAACAGACGACCCGAUUGAUAAACGCAUAAACACCGUCGGGAGACUUAUGCCUCAUGUCGAGGCUAAAAUCGUGAAUCCCGCUGAUAGAAGCAUUGUGCCUGUCGGUGGGAGAGGCGAGCUCGCUGUUUCGGGAUACCUGCUCAUGAAGGAAUAUUGGAAUGAUCCGGAUCGGACAGCCGAGGUUAUGAUUCCGGAUGAUGGUGGGAAGGUCUGGAUGCAUACAGGAGACGAAGCCUCAAUGUCCGAAGACGGCUACAUCACCAUAACCGGCCGCAUAAAGGAUCUCAUCAUCCGAGGCGGAGAAAACAUCCAUCCCCUAGAAAUAGAGAACUGUCUCCUCUCUCAUCCUGGUAUCGGGGAUGUCUCUGUCGUCGGAGUCCCCGACGAACGGUACGGAGAGGUCGUAGCAGCCUUUGUGAUUCCAAAGCACAGGCAAGGUCAAGAAGAGCCGCUUGAUGAGGAGAGUAUCAAGACGCAAGUUCGGGUGAAGCUCAGCAAUCAUCUUGUGCCGAAAUACGUCUUCUUCAUGUCACCAUCCGAGACAUUUCCCAAGACGGCGAGUGGAAAGAUCCAGAAGUUCAAACUUAAGGAGAAUGCUAUCCGGAUCUUGAACGAGACCCAUUCUACGUAA